AUCUUUAAAAUAAAGUCCGCGUAACAAUAACAAGUCAGCUAAAAUGAUAAAAGGGGUGAAGAGAAAAGAGGAACAACACUAAAUCAGAAGGAAAAAUGGGAAUACCAUUGGGGGUGACAGUGUGGAUGGCGAAGAUGGUGUGGAGGGCUUUGAGUGGUUGGGUUUCUUCUUGCUUGACUGUUGCUGAUGAACUUGCUGCUUCUUUAAGAACCGGCGAUAUUGGCCCUUUCCAUGUUGGUUGAUUCAUUCAAAUUCAAUUCGUUGGUAGACCAUCAAGGAAAACUAUAAAUUCAGACCAGAAGAGUGGAAUAUGAAGGGGAAAGUUCCAAAUUCAACUUUUCAGUCAACGGCUGUUGUCUAGCGAUAUUACUUGCAUAGUAGUUUGCAACAUUUAUAUAACUAGAAAUUAUUCUCAAGUUUGUUUUUAAUUAUUGAAAAAAAAACCAUUGUUUCUUUGUGUUUAAACAAUCGUUGCAUGUCUAUGUAUCUUUGCUAUGGGUGGAUAUAUAUAUAUUUGGUGCCGUCUGCAUAAUAAAA